CGGCUGCGGCUGCGGCCUGACAGAGUCUCCGCAGCUCGUGAUUGGCUGGCGGGCCGGCCGGGUGGCUGGGGCGGCCUCUCGCGCCACUUUCAGGCGCUUUGGCGCGCGGGACGCCGGGCGACGUCAUGGCCGAGAGGGAGGCCGGCCGCACGGAUAUGUCUGAUUCCGGAAGUUUUGCAGCAUCACGUUCUCGGCGUGAGAAAAAAUCUAAAAAAGGGCACCAGGAAGCUCUUGAACGUUUGAAAAAAGCCAAAGCUGGUGAAAAAUUGAAAUAUGAAGUUGAAGAAUUCACAGGUGUUUAUGAUGAAGUUGAUGAGGAACAAUACUCCAAGAUGGUCAGGGACCGGCAGGAUGAUGACUGGAUCAUUGAUGAUGAUGGCAUAGGUUAUGUAGAAGAUGGAAGGGAGAUAUUCGAUGAAGAUCUAGAAGAUGAUGCUCUUCUUCCUAGCAAGAAAGGAAAAGGUGACAAAACAAAUGACAAAAAGAAUGUGAAGAAAUCUGUGGUAUCAAAGCCAAACACUAUCAAGUCUAUGUUUAUAGCCAGCGCAGGAAAGAAAAACACAGAUAAAGCUGUAGACCUGUCCAAGGAUGAUUUGCUUGGGGAUAUCUUGCAAGAUUUAAAUGCUGAGGUAACUCCUCCACCAGUUGUAAUGAUGAAAAAGAAAAGACCAGCGGGAGCUUCACUGAAUCCUUUCUCUGUACAAUCACAAGUCCCAAAGGUAAUGGCCCCUGUUAUGCGAAAAGUUCUCACUCCAGUCAGAAAAGAAGCUGUUUCUCUAAUAACAUCCUGCCCUAAACAAGUCAAUUUUGCAGCAAAGUCUGUUGCAAACAAUAAAAAGAAUGGUACUGCUGACUAUACAGUAAAAGCUGAAGAAAAGGCUCUUGAAGGAAGGCUCUUGAAGGCGAAAGAAGAGAAAGCUGUUGAAGAAGAGAAUCAGGGCAUGAUGGACUUUGAUGACGGAGAUUUUGAUGAACAUAUGGAAGCUGGGGAAGUGGACACUGCACCUGAGACUGUCAGGGCCUUGAAGAAAGAUCAGGAAGUAGAAAAAAAAGAGACACAGCAAGGGAAUUCCGCGAAGGAAGAACCUGUUGGACAUUCUUCUCUCCCCGAUAUUUCUUGUUGGGACAGAAUGGAUGAGGAAGAAGUUGAUUUAGUAGCUUCAGAAGUCCAGGUGGAUCCAAAUGUCUUCCCACUAGUGAAUGGGGAAGAUGGUGAUCAAGUCUUCAGGUUUUAUUGGCUGGAUGCUUAUGAGGAUCAGUAUAAUCAACCAGGUGUAGUAUUUCUGUUUGGUAAGGUUUGGAUUGAAUCAGCCAAGGCCUAUGUCAGCUGUUGUGUGACAGUUAAAAACAUUGAGAGAACUGUUUAUCUAUUGCCACGAAAGAUGGAAGUGAACCUAUCUUCUGGUCAAGAGACAGACAAUCCUGUAACAAUAAUGAGCGUCUACAAAGAGUUUAAUGACCAGAUUUCCGUAAAAUACAAAAUAAUGAAGUUCAAGUCCAAGAAAGUUGAAAAGUAUUAUGCCUUUGAGAUCCCAGAUGUUCCAGCAAAGUCUGACUACCUAGAAGUUAGGUACUUGGCUGAAUUUCCCCGGCUUCCUCAGGAUCUGAAAGGAGAGACAUUUUCUCAUGUUUUUGGAACAAAUACUUCUAGCCUGGAGCUUCUGUUGAUGAGCAGGAAGAUCAAAGGACCGUGUUGGCUGGAAAUAAAAAAUCCACAGCCCUCGAGUCAGUCGGUCAGUUGGUGUAAAAUGGAGGCAGUGGCACUGAAACCUGACCUGGUGAAUGUGGUUAAAGAUCUACCACCUCCCCCUCUUGUGGUGAUGUCUCUCAGCAUAAGAACAAUUCCGAAUCCAAAGACUCAUCAGAAUGAGGUUAUGGCUAUUGCAGCUCUAGUCCAUCAAAAAUUUUGUUUGGAUAAAGCUCCACCUCAGCCUCCUUUUCAGACACACUUCUGUGUUAUUUCCAAACCAAAUGAUUGUAUCUUUCCUUAUGACUUCAAAGAUGUCAUUAAAACCAAGAAUGCUAAAAUAGAAAUUGCUGCGACAGAGAGAACAUUGCUGGGUUUUUUCCUUGCAAAGAUUCACAAAAUUGACCCAGAUGUUCUUGUGGGUCAUAAUAUUUAUGGCUUUGAUCUGGAAGUGCUCCUGCAGAGAAUUAAUGUGUGCAAAGUCCCUCACUGGUCCAAGAUAGGUCGACUGAGGAGGUCCAACAUGCCAAAGCUUGGGGGUCGAGGUGGCUUUGCUGAAAGGAAUGCUGCCUGUGGUAGAAUGAUCUGUGACGUGGAAAUUUCAGCAAAGGAAUUGAUUCGUUGCAAGAGCUACCAUUUGUCUGAACUGGUCCAUCAGAUUCUGAAAACAGAGAGGAUAACCAUUCCACCAGAAGAGAUACGAAACAUGUACAGUAAUUCUCCCCACUUAAUGUGUAUGCUGGAAAACAGCUGGACAGAUGCCAAGUUCAUUCUUGAGAUCAUGUGUGAGCUGAAUGUUCUUCCUUUAGCCUUGCAGAUCACAAAUAUCUCUGGGAAUAUCAUGUCAAGGACAAUGAUGGGUGGGCGAUCUGAACGUAAUGAGUACUUGCUUCUUCAUGCAUUUUAUGAGAGAGACUAUAUUGUGCCAGACAAGCAAGUUUUUAAAAAGCCUCAGCAGAAGCUGGUAGAUGAAGAUGAAGACUUUGAAGAUCAGACUAAAUCUAAGAUAGGGAGAAAGAAGGCAGCAUAUGCUGGAGGUUUAGUCUUGGAUCCAAAAGUUGGAUUUUAUGACAAAUUUAUUUUGCUUCUGGAUUUCAACAGCUUGUACCCUUCAAUUAUCCAGGAGUUUAAUAUUUGCUUUACCACAGUACAGAGAGUGUCAUCAGAUGCGCAGAAAAGAACAGAGGAAGGAGAAGAAGAAGAAAUUCCAGAGUUACCAGACUCAUCGCUAGAAAUGGGAAUUUUGCCGAAAGAGAUCAGGAAACUAGUAGAGAGAAGGCGACAAGUGAAGCAACUGAUGAAACAACCACAUUUAAAUCCUGACCUCUAUUUACAGUAUGAUAUCAGGCAGAAGGCUUUGAAGCUUACAGCUAACAGCAUGUAUGGUUGUCUAGGAUUUUCCUACAGCAGAUUCUAUGCCAAGCCUUUAGCUGCUUUGGUGACACACAAAGGGAGAGAGAUUUUGAUGCAUACCAAGGAGAUGGUGCAGAAGAUGAACCUUGAAGUGAUUUAUGGAGAUACGGAUUCCAUUAUGAUAAAUACAAAUAGCACCAACCUGGAGGAGGUAUUCAAGCUGGGAAACAAGAUCAAAAGUGAAGUAAACAAACUGUAUAAGUUGUUGGAGAUUGAUAUUGAUGGAGUCUUCAAAUCCUUGUUACUGCUGAAGAAGAAGAAGUAUGCAGCUCUAACUGUGGAACCAGCAGGAGAUGGGAAAUACGUUACCAAACAGGAACUGAAAGGAUUGGAUAUAGUCCGAAGAGACUGGUGUGAUCUUGCAAAAGAAUCUGGAAACUAUAUAAUUGGUCAGAUUCUUUCCGACCAGCCUCGAGACAUAAUUGUGGAAAACAUUCAAAGAAGGCUAAUAGACAUAGGAGAAAAUGUGACAAAUGGCAGAGUCCCAAUAAGCCAAUUUGAAAUCAACAAGGCAUUGACAAAAGAUCCUCAAGAUUAUCCUGACAAAAAAAGCUUGCCACAUGUGCACGUUGCCAUGUGGAUAAACUCUCAGGGAGGCCGAAAGGUGAAAUCAGGCGAUACAGUGUCGUAUGUCAUCUGUCAGGAUGGAUCAAAUCUGAGUGCCAGCCAGAGAGCAUAUGCUCCAGAACAGCUGCAGAAACAAGAAAAUCUUACUAUUGAUACUCAAUACUACCUGUCGCAACAAAUACAUCCAGUAGUGGCUCGAAUUUGCGAGCCCAUAGAUGGAAUUGAUUCUGUUCUCAUUGCAACAUGGUUAGGACUGGAACCUUCCCAAUUCAAAGUCCAUCAUCAUUAUCAUAAAGAUGAAGAGAAUGAUGCUUUUCUUGGUGGCUUAGCACAGCUCACUGAUGAAGAGAAAUACAGGGAUUGUGAAAGAUUCAAGUUUCCCUGCCCAAAGUGUGGAACAGAGAACAUUUAUGACAAUGUCUUUGAUGGUUCGGGACAGUUUCUUGAACCCAGCUUGCAACAAUGCAGUAAGAAAGAAUGUAAUGAGCUCCCUUUCUGCCAUGUUACACAAAUGAACAACAAAUUACUUUUGGAUAUUAGGUGUUACCUAAAAAAAUAUUAUAACGGGUGGUUAAUAUGUGAGGAUCCAGCUUGCCAGAAUCGCACGCGUCGCCUUCCCCUCAGCUUCUCUCGAAAUGGACCAUUGUGCCAGGCCUGUCGGAAGGCAGUCCUCCGACCAGAAUAUUCUGACAAGGCCCUGUACAACCAGCUGUGCUUUUACCGGUACAUUUUUGAUGUGGAGUAUGCAAUGGAUAAAGUUAUUACUGAGGAAGAGAAAGUGUGGGCGGAGAAGAACUUGGCCUUAAAGAAAAUAAAGGAGGUCUACAAAAAGCUGAAGAACACAGUAGACACCUUUCUGUCCAUGAGUAGCUACUCUGAAGUGAACCUCGGCAAACUCUUUCAGACCAUCUGCAUAGGAAAAUCUGUGGGAGAUGCCAGUAAUGAAAGACAAUAAUGAAGUAAAUAAAGAGGGAGAAAGGUUUGGUUUUGUUAAAAUAAUAAGUACAAUCAAUACCCUCUUCUUUCUCUUUAUUCUUCCCAUUUAAAAUAAUACAAUUUUGAUUUCACCAUUCAUCAAAUACAUGUGUAUUUUGCCCACUCAGUGGAGAAAAAAGUGAAGAUAAAAACAGAAUAUAGUGAUUUCCUAGACACCUGGUAGUUGCUUUUUCAAUACAUAUAUUUUAUUGUAUAUUUAGACCUAUGAGAGAAAAGGGGGUGGAAGGAGCGCUGCUUUAAUUGAAUAAUUCCCAGUGAGAGUUGCUGGAAUGUAAGUGAUCCUAGACUUUGCUCCAGGGUAUUUAGUAGAGGUGCUCUCAGGAAGAGAGGUUAGUAGAGGUCUCAGUAGGAGCACUAAUGUUUUGCCUUUUCACAGUUUAUCUACUUCUGAAUCAUAAACAUACCAAUUAAAAA